GGCACGAGCGCGCGGCAAAUCGGGCGGGAAGAGGCAAAAAAGGAUUAGGGCGCGCCGUGGCGGUUCCUGUUCUCACAGUCGCGCGGCCCAGAGACCGCUGUUGCGGGAGAGGACGGCGGGACGUCCAGGUCUGUCUUUUAAGCAUACAACUGGAUUUGGUUUAUUCAUUUUGGGAGUAUCUUUUAACAGGGCCAUUUCUGAACAGUAGAGGUUACACUUACUCCACUGAACAGCUCGUUCCAAAUCCUGUCAUCAAAUCCUAUAUGUUCCUGUUCCAAAUGGUAAUACGUGCAUAAUAUUUCAUUUAUUUUAAAAGAAAUGAGCAUAACUAAUAUUGCAUUAAGAGUCGAAACCUGGCUUUCAGCUACGUGGCAUGUUAAAGUACCUCUAAUGUGGUUGGAAGCUUGUAUUAACUGGAUCCAAGAAGAAAAUGAUAAUGUUAAUUUGAGUCAGGCACAAAUGAAUAAACAAGUUUUUGAGCAGUGGCUCCUUACUGAUCUGAGAGAUUUGGAACAUCCUCUUUUGCCUGAUGGCAUUUUAGAAGUUCCAAAAGGAGAACUGAAUGGAUUUUUUGCUUUGCAGAUUAAUUCAUUGGUUGAUGUAAGUCAACCUGCAUAUUCCCAGAUACAAAAGUUGAGAGGAAAGAAUACAACAAAUGACUUAGUUACAGCUGAAACACAGGUAACCCCCAAACCUUGGGAAGCAAAGCCUUCACGAAUGUUGAUGCUGCAACUAACUGACGGGGUUGUACAAAUGCAGGGAAUGGAAUAUCAGUCUAUUCCAGCUCUUCAUAGUGAUCUUCCCCCUGGUACCAAAAUUUUGAUUUAUGGAAACAUUUCUUUCCGUCUUGGUGUUCUCUUACUGAAGCCAGAAAAUGUGAAGGUUUUGGGAGGAGAAGUAGAUGCUCUUUCAGAGGAAUAUGCCCAAGAAAAAGUACUUGCAAGAUUAAUUGGAGAACCUGAUCCUGUAGUUUCAGUCAUACCAAAUAAUUCUAACCAAACCAUCCCUGGAAUUACAGAUGUUCUAGAUCCCGCAUUAGGACCUUCUGAUGAAGAGCUCUUGGCAAGUCUUGAUGAAAAUGAGCUUGCAGUAAAUAAUGACACCUCCCUAGAAAGAAGAUGUUUCAACACAGGUAGUUCCUUAAGUACUAUUGCCACAAGACAGUCAAGUUUUGAAUCACAACAUAUUUCUCCAAAACCAAAGGGGAAACAACCAAAUCAACCUAUGCAUUUCAUUGAUGGGGAAUUAGAUGACUUUUCAUUGGAGGAGGCCUUGCUUUUAGAAGAAACUGUCCAGAAAGAACAAAUGAAGACUAAAGAAUUGCAGCCAUUGACUUUGAACAGAACCCCAGAUGAAAGCAUAGAGAAGUUUUCACAUAAACCUAAUACUCCAAAUAAUUUUUCUUUGACUUGCAAAAAUGGAAACAAUAAUUGGAAUGAAAAAAAUUUAUCCGAACAAAUGACUAAUGAAGACAAAUCAUUUAGUUGUCCAUCUGUUGAAGACCAAAACAAUAGUGUUUUUUUAGUUCACAGUAAUGUACCCCUACCCAAUGAUUUUGCAGAUAAAGAUAAGGACGCAGAGACAGAUAAUAAAGUAAAGCAAACCUUCAGGAGUGCAGAUGGACAUUUCUUAAAUAAAAUAUUAAAAGGAGAGCUGGCAAAUUAUAUACCAAAACGUUCACACAUUUCUAAUGAAAAUGAUUCCCAUUUACAGUCUUGUUCUUUAAGAUCAUCAGAGAACAACACUAAUCUUUCUAUUGCCGUGGAUUUAUAUUCUCCACCCUUUACCUAUCUGUCUGUUCUAAUGGCCAGCAAACCAAAGGAAGUUACCACAGUGAAGGUCAAAGCAUUUAUUGUAACCUUAACUGGAAAUCUUUCAAGUUCUGGUGGCAUUUGGAGUAUAAGAGCAAAGAUUUCUGAUGGUACUGGGUAUCUAGAUGUAGACUUUGUAGAUGAGAUUCUUACUAGUCUGAUAGGAUUUUCAGUACCAGAAAUGAAACAGUUAAAAAAGGAUCCUCUUCAAUACCAAAAAUUCCUGGAAGGUUUGCAGAAGUGUCAGAGAGAUUUAAUAGAUUUGUGCUGUCUAAUGACUAUUUCAUUUAAUCCCUCCUUGUCUAAUGCAAUGGUACUGGCAUUACAGGAUGUUAAAAUGGAACACCUUGAAGACCUAAAAAAGCGGCUGAAUAAAUAAUUUACUAAGAUAGUAUCAGAAAACAAUUCAAAAAAAGGAAAUAUUUACCAUUAAAUUUAACCUUUUCUGUUUGAGACUUUUGUAAAAUAUAAAGGAAGUUUUGUAACAUUUCAGUCAAUUUUAAAGUGUUUAAUCAUGAUUGUGUAUUUAGGUUUCUUAAAUAAAUUUUUUUUAUGGUAACUGUUA